CACGCCUGGUAUUGUGUUCGAAUCAGGUGUGGUGAUAUGGUGAUCAUUAGUAGUUAUUAGAGCAUCUUGUUAGGGAAACGAAAUUGUAAAUGGCCGUGUCACAAUUAGCUGUAAAACUUACUGAGCAAUAUGGAACUGUGAAAAGAUUGAGGUACAGAUAAACGGCCAAAAAUAGUCAUAUCUUAUCAUGUGGCAUUAAGAAAACAUGAAAGGUAUCAAUGCAAACAACAUGAGAAAUUCGCACCUGGUUCUCUCUCGUUCCUUGCAUAAAUAUCUUGUUGCGUCCAGUUGCGCGUGUCCACUGUGCUCUACAUCAUGAUACUGGUUGUGUUACUGGCGGUUGCGGCCGUGGCGAGCGCGACGCCCACCAUUCCGAGGGCGGCGCAAGCCAUGUACAACCCUAAGCUCUUCCAGGGCGACAUAAUGGGCAUCGCCGGCCAGGAACCAGGGCAUGAACGAGCUGCGAUUCUCGGAGACGAGUACCUGUGGUCGGGGGGCGUCGUGCCCUACAUAUUCGGCCCGUCAGUUGAUUCCUAUCAGAAGAGCGUGAUCCUGGCGGGGAUGUCCGACUUCCACGACCGAACCUGCAUCCGCUUCAUUGAGCGAACCACCCAAGCAAACUACCUCGAGAUCGUCACCAAUGAUAGCGGGUGUUGGUCAUACGUCGGCACCAUCGGAGGCAUGCAAAGGCUCUCUCUGGACACCAACGGCUGCAUCUACAAGGGCACGGCCAUCCACGAGCUCAUGCACGCCAUUGGCUUCUACCACGAGCACUGCCGCAACGACCGUGAUGAUUACGUGACAAUCCACUACGAGAAUGUUCAAGAUGGGUAUGCGUACGCCUUUGACAAGGACACGUACUGGCGCUACGUCGGCGAAAACUACAACUAUGCCAGCAUCAUGCACUACGGCACCUACGCUUUCUCCGUGAACUGGGGCGUCGCCGAAACCAUCGUGCCCACGGACCCCAACGUCAUUCUCGUGGAGGCCUACGACAAGGACCACAUGGAGCAGAGUGACGCCAACCAGAUCAACAACUUGUACGCCAGCGAGUGCGCGCGCAGGAAGUAAGACGGGUUGUUGGAAGGCAGUCUGAAAUAUAUCAUUUAAUAGCUC